UAAUCUUUUUGUUGGUACUCCCACUAAAAUUUUAUCGAUCCCAUUGCGGUCUGACAAUAAUACAACUUCACAUCGUACACUUCAUUGUUUUUCCUUCACACCUUUUAUCUGUUUAUCAGUUUCCUCGUCUUCCAAAUUUUUUAAUUUCUUCUAUCUACCUAGGUUUAAGGUUUAUAAUUUAAUUUUGUCUCCUAAAAAUGUCGACUCCAUGGGCAAAAAUCCAACCGGUGGAAGGUCCAGUUAGUUUGUUAGAAAUAACUUCGGAGCAGCUUGCAAACAGUUUGCAAGAAAAAGAAAUAAAGAAGUAUCAGAUAGAAUCAUUCGAAGACGUAAAUAUAGAGGAGCAUGGGUUAUUCGAGGCCACUGAUACAGACAGUGAUGAAGUAAUUGCACACAUGCUCCAAGAUCAAUUUAACAAAGAACAUGACCGUAUGAUCAAACGCACAGAAGAGAAAUUUAAUCGAAAUGCUAAAGUUAAUAUUUCCUAUACAAACUAUCGAACAUCUGUGUCAAAUGAUCGGGAUGACAAAGGUAAUACGGAUAUAGAGGAUGCAACAAGGGACUUUGAUCGAUUCGUGAGUAUAGAAAAGGAGUAUGCUUCGAUUCCACGCUGUGGAUACAAAAAGAUGGGUGAAGGUUCGCAAAUUGUAACGAAACACGACAUGUUGAUGUCUUCAAGAAUAAACGCCUGCAGAGUUUUGCAAUUCCCUCCUGGCAUUCACACAGGCGACACAGGAGGAUUUGAUGUCAAAUUAAACAACAAAGUGUUCAACAGUUUAAGAGCCCAUAGUCAUGCUCAGUGUUCUAAACAAAAAGCGAAAGCACGACCACAUACAAAGUAGAACAAUAACACGUUUCCUACAUGUAAAUAUGUUAUGGUAAUAUACUUCUAUCCUAAGUAUUAUUAUACACAGAUUUCUAUGCCAUUAUUUCUUGAUUAUAAUUGAAUCUGAAUUACAACUGUUCAGUAUUUCCUCCAUAUAUGCAAAAACAAAUUAUCCACUUUCAAAAACGGAACCAUGUCUAACUACAGAAAGGAAAUUAUUUUUGACUUCGAACAUUUUAUAAAGUGCUACAAAGAUAACAGCGUCGUUUAAUUGUAAUAAAGAGCUUAAAAAAUAAACUA